UCUCGCCUUUCUCCGGUUACCGGGACCGUUUCAGAUGUGUUUCUAUUUUCUCCAUCUUUCCCUCCGACCCGGAACUGCUCUGAGACAGAGAGAGAGAGGGUCGAGAGACAUAGAUCCAGAGGGAGGACGGUCCUGCACCCAGGUAUAACGUCUCUCUCUCUCUCGCGCGCGCUCUCUCUCUCCAUCACACUCGUCUAACUCCGCCUCGCGCUCUCCGCUCUGCACCCAACCGGUCACAACAACAACCGACCGCCGACCGUUCUGCGGGCCGGACCGAGACGGACCGAGCCGGACCUGAAACACAACAUGUCCCAGCAGCUGCCUCCGUGCGUGAUAGACUGCGGGACCGGGUACACAAAGAUCGGCUAUGCUGGAAACACAGAGCCCCAGUUCAUCAUGCCCUCCUGCAUCGCCAUCAAGGAGUCAGCCAGCGUAGGAGAACAGGCCCAGAGGAGACUCGUACGAGGAGUCGAUGACCUGGACUUCUACAUCGGAGAUGAAGCUGUAGACAAACCAAAUUAUGCAACCAAGUGGCCGAUCCGUCAUGGGAUGGUUGAAGACUGGGAUCUGAUGGAAAAGUUUAUGGAGCAGGUCAUCUUCAAAUACCUUCGAGCUGAACCAGAGGACCACAGCUUCCUCAUGACAGAGCCUCCUCUCAACACCCCAGAGAACAGAGAGUACCUGGCUGAGAUUAUGUUCGAGACCUUCAACAUACCUGGACUCUACAUCGCAGUACAGGCGGUGCUGGCAUUGGCGGCGUCCUGGACGUCCCGGCAGGUCGGACAGAGGACUCUGACUGGCAUCGUCAUCGACAGUGGAGACGGAGUCACACACGCCAUCCCUGUGGCUGAGGGCUACGUGAUUGGCAGCUGUAUAAAGCACGUCCCCAUCGCAGGGCGGGACAUCACCUUCUUCAUCCAACAGCUGCUCAGAGACAGAGAGGUGGGGAUUCCUCCAGAGCAGUCGCUGGAGACCGCCAAGGCUGUCAAGGAGCGGUACUGUUACAUCUGUCCAGACAUCGUGAAGGAGUUCACAAAGUACGACUCUGACCCGGGGAAAUGGAUCAAACAGUACCGAGGAGUCAACGCCGUGAGUAAGACCGCCUUCCACAUUGACGUGGGCUACGAACGCUUCCUGGGCCCCGAAAUCUUCUUCCACCCUGAGUUUGCCAACCCAGACUUCAUGCAGCCUAUCUCUGAUGUCGUGGAUGAGGUCAUUCAGAGUUGUCCAAUCGAUGUGAGGAGACCGCUCUACAAGAACAUCGUUUUGUCCGGAGGAUCCACCAUGUUCAGAGACUUCGGGCGGCGGCUGCAGAGAGACCUGAAGAGAGUGGUGGACGCCCGACUGAGACUGAGUGAAGAGCUGAGUGGAGGACGGAUAAAGCCGAAGCCGAUGGAGGUUCAGGUCGUCACACAUCACAUGCAGCGUUACGCCGUCUGGUUUGGAGGCUCCAUGUUGGCGUCCACGCCGGAGUUUUUCCAGGUGUGUCACUCGAAGAAGGACUACGAUGAGAUCGGCCCGAGCAUCUGUCGACACAACCCGGUGUUCGGCAUCAUGUCCUGAUGCUACAGCUACAGAUGGCUAGCCUGUUAGCCUAUUAGCCUGUUAGCCUGCUAUGUUGUCAGCCUGCUGCCCACUAGAUAGCCAGCCUGUUAGCCUGUCAGCUUGUUAGCCUGCGGGUUCUGCAGCUCGCUGGCCUGUUUACUUGCUAUCUGCUAGCCACCGGCCACUUAGCCAACAGCCUGUUAGUUUCCGCCCUAUUCAGUUGUUAGCCCGUUAGGCUACCAGACAGUUAGCAGGCUAGCUCAGCAUAAUCAAGCACACGGAGGUCUGGAGAGAGUGAAGCACAGACAGUUAGUGAAAAACGGUGAAAACAGCACAGAUAUGAGCUGAGUUUACACAGUUUUCUUUCCUCAUCGCGAUCAGAUGGGACCCCUGAAUACGAGCUGACACCAGAUUGGUUUUACUGCAGGUUUAAGAGUCUGGAUCAAAGAUUCACGUCAAGACAUCUUAACCUCGUUCCAGAUUAGACUGCUGCAGUAUGACCCUCCGGAUGAGUGGUGAAGAAUAAAAGUUUUAGCUUUGCCGGCGCUGAGAAAAGCCAAGGACAGAAUCCCUUUUCUUCUUUCGGUGUUUGAGUUCUGCCGCGUCGCCGAUCUUCUCUCUCCUCUUUACUCGUCUGUUCGCUCACUUCUUCCUCUGCAAGUGUCAGUCAGCGUGUUAGCGUGUUAGCUCUCGUCACGACUGGGUGAUCCACGUCUGUUCUGCAGACGCUGAUUGUGUCUCUAGCUGAGACUUAACACGGUUAGAGGCUGAAAUGAUCUGAUCACAUGAAGACUAAGAAACUGAACCUUUCAUGUUGAGUCAAUGGUUCCAUUUUCUGAUAAGGCAGGAUAUAUAAAGCAUUUAUAAGCUGUAAUUAAUUGAUGUUAAUAAAAACACAAGUGAGUGUCGUGCCGGAGGAGGAUUUUCCACAACCUGGCAGCCCAAAAGUUGUCGUUAAGAUCGUCUUAUAACUGAUCGGUAAAGCUUCAGUGAAUGAUUUAUCAACCAUUAACUGCAGCUUAUAAAGCCUUUAGAGAUGCUGCCGUAUCAGAGAGCGGUAGUGAAUUCAGGUUUCAUGAGUCUCACUGACAUGUUAAGUCUCUAACAACAGUGGAAAUGGAGUGUGUAACACUGCUGCGUCAUCUGUUGAAGGUCCGGGUUUGUGUCAUUCAGACACAUGUGUCUGUUACUAAAUGGUCCUUACUUUACUUUAUUUAAACGCCGGCAGAGAAUUGACUCUACUGAUUGUCUGAUAUCUUGUUGCUGUAAGUCCUCGUCUGGCAGAUGUUAACACCGAUGUCUAGAAGUGUGCAAAUAUCGCCAGGCGAAGAAAAUGCACUGGUGCUGAUUUGGAUCAGCGCGUCAGCUGCCUCUUUCUGUGGAUGCUUCUAUAUUUAUGUGUUGACCUGAUGUUUUCUCACGAUAAAAUUUCACAAAAAACACUUUGGUUCCAGUCACGUUAUCUGAAGAACCACUGGCCGGACUGCAGCGUAAGCUGAGACUGAGCAGGGUAUCAUGUUUUGUGGCGUAAGGAACACCGUGGCCUCUAGAGGGAGCUAGCAGGACCACAGGCGUGUCGCAGCAUAUCAGGUUCUCUAAGGGAUGUGAGGCAAAGAUGCGCGUGAGGCCAGAAUCACUUAAGAUACAGAUAUAGAUGCAGAAAAAGGCUCAGGUUAGCAGCCAACAGGCAACAUUUCAAGACUUGGAGCAGGAUUAUCCUCCAGGUAGAAGGAGGAGGAUCAAAAAGAUUAAAAAGAAUGAGAAUAGGAAUGACAACAUCCACUAAUAUGAGCAUCUCUCAUGUUGCGCAGUGAAGGAAUAUUAUCUCCGUCUUUGAUUUCAAUGUCUCUAAUAACUUUAUUCAGUAAAGUUAUUCCUGACUUUGUCACAUGCCGAACAGCAGAGUUGAGGUUGCUAAAGGGAGAAAAAAAGCAUUUUUGAGACUUUUGACGGCAGAGAGCAGGUCAGCAGCGGCGUCUGCAGCCAGUGUAGUGUUUUACUGUCUGUAUUUAUUUCUGUUUGUCGUCCUUCUGUGUUUCCUUCACAUGCAGCUCAGGGUCACAUCAGUCCGGUCGUAAACAGACUUUUCUUGUUCUUUACAGUUUAACGACUUUUAAGAUUUCGAGUCGGAUUAACUUCCAGGACUGACGUGACUCUGACUCACAGACUGUGAAUAACUGUGUGUGUGUGUCCUUCACCAUGUUGAUGUUACAGCCUGUAACAUAAACUACUGGACUCAGAGUGUUUAUAUUUGUGAAGAGCAAGAGUUUAUCAGAGUGGAAAACUAACACAUCACUAAUAUUACAAAGUUAUAUAUAGAAACACACACACACACAUAUAGCGUAUGUUGAGACAGGCAUCAAAGUGAUCCAGGAACAGGCCAAAACCACAGGUAGCACUGUCAGCUGACGUAUGGUGCGUUCAGGUACAAUCAUAUGAAACAAAGUGUCAUGUAGCAAUACAGAAUGUGUUUUUAUCAGCAGGUCCAGGAUCUGCACCAGUGCUGUUUUCUUUAAAUGGAUCUGUUUUAGCACAAAGUGCAGACUUGGGAUUUGUGGGUCCCGACUCGGGACUUGUUGGUCUUCCGUUUGACACAGCCUGCAGUGAACCUGUUCACGUUGUAUCUAAACACUCCCUAACUCGGCCCUGCAGGUGUGCGCGGGUGUUUGUGAUAAGCAGCUGCUAGAUGUAUCGAUUAUCACACCCGAUCAGCUGGCUGUGAUCAGAGGGGAUCUUGUGGUUUGGACCUGAGUCUCUGGUCUGUCUGAGCAGCUGAGGACAGCCGAGUGUAUAAAGGACACAACAGAGAUUUAGUUUUAUGACGACAUCCAGACGGAGCCGAUCGGAGGAAUGUUAACGAUCUGUGGUUUGAUACUGAGCUGCCGUCAAUAAACUCCCCAUCUCCAAACCGACUCUGCUCUCUGCUUCCAGGUAACGAGGGAUUCGGGAAAUAAAACAGGUGAGGUGGUGGAGCUGUAUGGGACAGAGGGAACAGGUAAGACGGAGCUGCUGUACCACCUGCUGUGUCGCUGUGUGUUGCCAAAAGCUG